AGAAAAACACAGCUGGAAAUUUCUGGGGACGCGCUUUCAUGGAUGUCUCAGCGAGCUCCUCACUAUCCCCAAUUUUCACCAAGCAUAAUGACAAUAGCAGGAGCCCUAAUUUCUCUUCGAAGAACCCGGCAUUCCAGCAGGUGAAAUCGUUUAUUACAUGCCAACCUCCAAAGUUUUUGGAAGUUGGCUUUACAAAACAUGCAAGAAAUGUCAGUAUCAAGCCCAGGAGCCAUGGAAUCCUGAGAAUCGUGGUCUUGCCCGAGUUUGCUCCAACCACAAGAAGCGAAAAUCUGCGGAACAAAUUUCUGCGUCUCGUCAAAUGCAAUUACCAUAAGAACAGGCCUGGGGAAGUGGUCAUGAAUUGUUCCAACAAGUUCAGACAGAAUGUCUCCCUUGCAUUAGUUCGGCUUGUUUCUGUUCUGCUUGUCUCUUCCAUCUCCGUUGUUCUCACUGAAUCUCCAUCCUGGGCUCUUACCGAAGAAAACCUUCUCUUCCUCGAGGCAUGGAGAACGAUUGAUCGCGCUUAUAUCGACAAAACCUUCAACGGGCAGAGCUGGUUUCGUUACAGAGAGAAUGCUCUGCGAAAUGAACCAAUGAACACGAGACAAGAGACAUACAUGGCUAUUAAGAAGAUGCUUGCCACAUUGAACGAUCCUUUCACCCGGUUUCUGGAGCCUGAAAAGUUCAAGAGUUUGCGGUCUGGAACACAAGGGGCGCUCACCGGUGUAGGGCUGUCGAUAGGGUACCCUCCUGGAUCGGGUGGAUCACCAGCUGGCAUUGUCGUUAUAUCAGCUGCUCCAGGAGGUCCUGCAAACAGAGCAGGGAUUUCUCCCGGGGAUGUUAUCCUAUCAAUAGAUAAGACUACAACAGAAAGCCUAACUAUAUACGACGCUGCAGGGAUGUUGCAGGGACCUGACGGGAGCACGGUGGAGUUAACGAUUCAGAGUGGACCCGAAACAAAAGUCUUGUCUUUGACGCGAGAGAAAGUAUCAAUGAAUCCAGUGAAGUCAAGAUUAUGUGAAAUUCCUGGUUCUGAGAAGAAUGCCCCCAAGAUCGGGUAUAUCAAACUAACAUCAUUCAACCAGAACGCUUCUGGUGCCAUCAAGGAAGCAAUUGAGACUCUAAGAAGCAACCACGUUAACGCAUUCAUAUUGGAUCUCCGAGACAAUAGCGGUGGGCUUUUCCCAGAAGGAAUCGAGAUCGCCAAGAUUUGGUUAGAUAAGGGAGUGAUCGUAUACAUUUGCGACAGUAGAGGCGUACGAGAUAUAUACGACACAGAUGGAAGCAAUGCCUUAGCGGCUUCCGAGCCUUUAGCCGUCCUCGUUAACAAGGGAACGGCUAGUGCCAGCGAGAUAUUAGCCGGCGCCUUGAAGGAUAACAAACGUGCCGUCGUGUUUGGGGAGCCGACCUACGGGAAAGGUAAGAUACAGUCAGUGUUUCAGCUGUCAGAUGGUUCUGGCCUGGCUGUGACUGUUGCUCGUUACGAAACCCCGGCCCACACUGAUAUCGACAAGGUCGGCGUAAUUCCCGACCAUCCGCUUCCUCGGUCUUUCCCGAAGGACGAGGAUGCUUUCUGUGGCUGCCUCAAGGAUCCCGGAGCUGAGUGUUAUCUCAACCAAGGCCAGCUGUUUUCUAGAUGAUCAUUCUUACUUCUCAAGGAUGAGCAUUCUUUGUUGAAGAUUUUUCCUUACCUGUAAUCCUUCAAAGAUGUAGAGUUUAAGAUACAUGUAUAAAUAUAAGAACCCAUGACAAUGGGAACCAGUUCAAGUCAUUAAGACAGAACAGACCAUGGAUGGAUUUCUAACUUCCUCUGUACUGUCUUGUUGUUUCAAGAAACAAUUUCUCAAGUCUCAAA